AUGGACUCUGAAGAGGAGCCAGUUACCUACGUUCAAGACGAAAUCCAUCAAGCCCUGGCGAGUGUGAGCACUGGUCCAAUCGUCCUAGUCAACCCCGAGAUCAAAAGUUACUUUCGCAGCUAUAAUCUCGAGCAGACAGAAGCCUGGCUCAAAAAGCCCGAGAUCCCAGCUUCUGGCGAGAUCUUGCCAUUAGAGCAAGAUGAUGAUGAUUGUAUUGAUCUGAUGCCUAAUCGCAUAGACGGUCCCUGGCCUUCCAAGGAUACCUAUCUCAGAGCUCACUAUGAACUUAUUCGCGAGGACGCCGUGGCUCCCCUUAGGGAUGCGGUGGCGUAUUUCCGCAAUGAUCCUCAGAUGAGGGACUCCAAAGCUGUAUCGGUAUAUGAGAAGGUUUAUAUAACCGGUAUCACGUUCGCGAGAAGAGGCAUUGCCUUCCGAAUCCAGUUCUCGACGAAUAGAUCUGGAAGGAGGAUCGUCUGGGAAUAUUCGAAGCGCUUGAUAACUGGCUCUGUUGUUGCACUCUCUCCCAAAGAUGAUGCGUUUCGAACCAAGUGUUUCGUCGCUGUCGUCGCUGCAAGGCCCCUGGAGGGAGUCAAGCAAGAGCCACCAGAGAUUGAUAUCUUCUUUGCCAGACCUGAGGACGCCAACUUUGACCCCCAUCAAGAAUGGGUCAUGGUUGAAGCCAGAACAGGUUAUUAUGAAGCUUCGAGACACACCAUGGCUGCUCUUCAGAAGCUGAACUACGAACGGUUCCCACUAGCUGAUCACAUAUGCACCUUGGGCAGUAACAUCGAUCCGCCGGACUAUGUCAAACAACGUCCUAUUAUGGAUAUACAAUCGGCUAUUGAUGACUCGGACAAAGAGGCCAAGGUCAACCUGCUGGACAGUUGGCCCAAGUCCCCAAUAGGGGACCUGGACAAGUCACAGUGGGAGGCUUUGAGACAGAUCCUGACCAAGAAGUUGGCUAUCAUCCAAGGUCCUCCAGGUACCGGAAAGACAUUUGUCUCCGUGAUCGCCUUGAGAAUCCUAUUAUCGAACAUGGAACCCCAGGAUCCCCCCAUAAUCGUCUCCUCCCAAACUAAUCAUGCACUGGACCAACUGUUGAGACACAUAUCUGCUUUUGAAAAAGGCUACGUCCGGUUGGGGGGCAGAAGCAGCGACCUCGAAAUCAAAAAGCACACCCUCUUCGCUAUGAGGCAGAAAGAGCCUCCGCCUACGGUUCAAGGUGGCAUUUAUGGGCCUUCUAUGAGGAAAUUUAAAAGCUUGGUAGCCGCCAUUGUGGAGCUUCUCCAACCGUUCAACCAAGAGGACGAUGGUACACCAUUGCCCUCUAAUCUGUUCGUGAAGUACGGACUGCUGACCCCAGUGCAACAUGAUUCCCUCGAAAAAGGAGCCAAGGGCUGGAUACGUCCAGACACUGGGGAAAAUGCCGAUCCGUUGAACGCUUGGCUCGGAGAUCAGGUGUUCAAGUUCCAGGUCGCGUACACGAAAGAGAACUUUGGGUUCGAUGAAGACGAAAUAGAUCUCGAGUAUGAGCAGCUUAAAGAGGUCGAGGUAGAACAAGGAGUGGAAGAGGAUGAUUUUGAGAAUCUCCGAGGUCAGUUUAUCUUUCUUCGUGAAGCAAUGUGUGGGCUGGUUCGCUCUAUCCAACCGGAGAAAUCUAGUCUCGACUAUCUCAAGUACCCUGAUAUGUGGAAGAUCCCGGUGAAAGCACGUGGUGCAGUUUAUGAUAUUCUUCGAGGCCAACUCAAGACAAAGAUCUUAGAACAAUUCCAAGGACUGGCCGCUCGUUACGCCGGAACGUGCGCAGAUCUCCAGAUUGGGAAAUGGGAGCGAGACUACCUCAUUUUACGAAACACCAAGGUCAUUGGUAUGACGACCACGGGUUUGAGCAAGUACAGAGCUCUGAUCUCGAGCGUCCGCCCGAAGAUCAUCCUGAUAGAAGAAGCAGCGGAGGCCAUCGAGGCACCAAUCGCGGUUGGCUGUCUUGAUUCAGUUCAACAUCUGAUCCUGGUAGGCGACCAUCAACAACUCAAGGGACAUUGCGCAGUGCAGGACCUCGAAGGUGAGCCAUUUCACCUGGACGUGUCAAUGUUUGAACGCCUUGUCAAGAACGGGAUCGACUACGUCACCCUGCGCCGGCAGAGACGUAUGGCUCCGGAGAUACGUCGUUUGUUAGAACCCAUCUAUGGGAACCUGGAGGACCAUCCCACAGUCCUGGAGCGCCCACAUGUUCCAGGAAUGGGUGAAGUCAGGUCCUUCUUCUUCUCGCAUGAUUGGCCGGAGAGCAGCGAUAGCAUGGCAUCCAAGUUCAAUGAGAUGGAGGCAGAGAUGAUCGUUGGAUUCUUUGUCUACCUUGUGCUCAAUGGGGUCUCGAUAGACACUAUUACCGUGUUGACGUUCUACAAUGGGCAGAGGAAGAAGUUGUUAAGGAUGAUUAAAAACCACUCCUAUCUGCAAGGCCAUUAUGUCAAGGUUGUGACGGUUGACUCGUAUCAGGGAGAAGAGAACGAUGUUGUAAUCUUGUCCUUGGUGAGAGGCUCGAAUGCCAAGAGCAUUGGCUUUCUGUCCGUGGCGAACAGAGUCUGCGUUGCACUCUCCAGAGCAAGGAACGGACUCUACAUCUUUGGGAAUGCAAAGUGCGUCUCCGCUGCCGAUGAUCUCUGGAGCCAGGUGAUCGAAAUCCUGGCCGGGGAGCACCCUUACCGUAGUAUCGGGGUUUCAUUGCCCUUGACAUGCCAGAAACACAGCGAUAAGACUUUCAUACAAGAACCGUCCGACUGGAGCCGACUGAAUGGAGGUUGCCUUCGGCCAUGCGGGGAGGCUCUUGAAUGUGGACACAAAUGUUCUCUCAGUUGUCACAGUUUCUCUCACGAACAGGUCCAAUGCCAGGAGCGGUGCAAUCUCAGGAUGCUCUGCGGGCAUGUCUGUGACAGGCCUUGCGUGGAGAAUCACUCCUGCACCUGCAAAUGUGAGAUGAGUUCGGCGAUCUUGUCGGAACUGGAACUGGCGAACGCGGAAUUGUCUUCUAUGGCGCAUCGGGAGCGGACCCGGGCGGAGGAGGAACUGAAAAGGCAAGCGAUCAGAGGGUAUCAGGAGUUUGCAAAAUGGGGAGCCAAGCAGCAGGAUAUCCAGCUCCUCCGAAAGGCCAACCCGAGGAGCAUCGCGACAGUUCAACGGGAAUCACAGAGCGCGGCGGUGGCUGCCGGCCCUCGCUCGGCUCGCGACAAGAAAGGGAAGAAGAGGGUACCUGCAGUACGCGGCGAAGAGGCAGACAACACGAACAAGGAGCCAGAUCACUUGGAGUUGGAGGAGAAUGUGACGCUCUCGAAGCCGAGGGCGGUGCAGGUGGGCAACCUACUAGACCUACUAGAUGAUUGA